AUGACGGAAAGCGUCGAAGUCGGGAUUCUGAUCGAGUGGGAUCGAGUGGUGCUGAGGCUGAGAAGCGGUGUUGUUUCGUGGAGGAUUGAGAAUGCCGGCUUCUGGACAGAGGCAGGAGACAUGGCGUACUCGAAGGCCAGGCACCGUCCUGAGUGGGAGGAUGGAGUGUUGCUCGUAGACGCUCUGAACGGAGUGGUUGGUCCGAGGUCGUCCGGUUUCGUCUCCGCCUCAGGCAUGAAGAUUUCCAGUCAACUUGACGCCCAUCCAAGUCUCAGUCAGCAGAUCCUCCUGCCGUCCGCAUCCUCAGGUCCAGCUCUCGAGACAUCUGAAGAAUCAUGCGACGAUACAGGACUUCCGCCAUGCCUCACGUCAGCAAUCGCAUCCGCCCGCUCGCGAAACCAUCCAGCCUCUGCCGGAUUCCAGAUCACGGAAUCGGGUCUCAUCAUCUUCCUAGAUGCAUGUGAAGAGAAGUGUGCAAGGCAUGUCAAAGAAGCAUGGCCAGGAGGUCAGAUGCAAGGUCCUUGCUCUCACAUCCUGGAGUCUGCGCACGGUCAGAGCCAGCCGUGUGUGGUUGAUAAAAACGGCAACCGGAAAAGACAGGCGAGCAAGAAACGCCUGGCGCCUCGAGACGUCGCCGCCGCCCGGACUCGUGUUCUGGAGCAAUUCGAAAUCCAUCCGCCUUCAGCACCGUUAUCCACAGCCAACGUCCGUCGAAAGCGAAAACGACUUGCUAGCGACAACGAAGAGCGUGAAGAAGUAUAG